GAACUCAUCAGUUGAAUACAACCAAAGCGCCAAAACCAACCAACUCAAGCGAGUCCAAGCGACCAAACCUCAUCCAAGAGCACAUUUCUCAAGCGGCAAACGUCUAUUCCUGUGAAUCAACCGUGUUUCCUCUAUCAAGUUCAAUAGUCAAGUGAACAGUGAAAAUGUCGAUCAUCCCGAUUUUCUUCCGCAACUGGUGGGACGACGAAUGGGAUCGUCCGCUGUGGAGCUCUCGUCUGCUGGACCAGCACUUUGGCAGUGGUGUGACGGCGGACGAUCUGCUCAACGCUCUGGCAUCGGUGACCGACCGUCGACUGCAGGAGCAACAGGCCCAACAGGGACAACAGUCUGGCAACCGGUACAAUCGUCCGUGGCACAGCUCUUGCGUAGCUCGCAUGCAUGACAGUGGCUCAGCGGUGAACAUCUCGAAGGACAAGUUCCAGAUCAACCUGGACGUGCAACAGUUCUCGCCGGAAGAGAUCUCGGUCAAGUACGUGGACAACUGUGUGCUGGUCGAGGGCAAGCACGAGGAGAAGCAGGACGAUCAUGGCUACGUCUCGAGACACUUUGUGCGGCGCUACAUGCUUCCCAAGGGCCACAAUGAGGCCGAUAUCGUGUCGUCGCUCUCGUCCGACGGGAUUCUGACCAUCACGUGUCCCCGGAAGGAGAUCGAGCAGAAAAAGGAGGAACGAAGCAUCCCCAUCACACACACGGGACAGCCGAUGAAGCAAGUGACGGGCAAAGCGGCCCAAGAGAAUGGUCACAGCAAAAAGGAGGGAGAGAAAAUGGAACCAUCAGUGAGUGAAAUGUCUUCCGUUCCGAUGUACUUCCGCGAUUGGUGGGAUGACGAUCUGUUUGAAAAUCCGCGUCGAACGUCUCGAUUGUUUGAUCAACAGUUCGGUACCGGGAUAUUCUCCGAAGAUCUGCAAAAGAUGGCCUCAAGCUUUCAUUCGUCCUGCAAUUUGCGCUCCUCGCGACUCGGAAGCUUUCGCCGCCCCUGGAGCGAGUUCGGGGCGCACAAGUUUAGCAACAGUUUGAUCGGCAACAGCGGCCCCCUUCCCCUCACCGACCGGCUGCAGAUCAAUCUGGACGUGCAACAAUUCACACCGCAUGAGAUCACCGUUAAAACGGUCAACAAUUCGAUCGUGGUGGAGGGCAAGCACGAGGAGAAGCAGGACGAGCAUGGGUUCAUCGCGCGUCACUUUGUUCGCCGCUACGUACUGCCGGACGAUCACGAUCCCAAAGACGUCAUCUCCAGCCUCUCGUCCGACGGUGUGCUGACGAUCGUGGCACCGAAGAAGGUCCCCCAGCCGGCACCGGAAGCCGUGUACGAACGAACCGUCCCGAUACAGCGCAUCGAGGAGCGUACGGUGGAAAGUGUACGGACGACCUCGGAAAGUGUGACCAGCGAGAGUAAUGGCAAAUGAGCGGACAUAUGCAAAUGGAUGAACGGGCCACGGGCCACGAUGAACCAAAGUGAUUAGCGAAGUAUUAUUUGUGGUGGUGAGAGUGCGGUGAGAGUGUGCGUGCGAUUGAUGCGAAAUAAAGUGAAGAAUAUAUUGUUGAGCAUUAUCAAA